AUGUUUUAGGGUUUUCUGAUUCAUGAAUCAUCUAAAUUCCCUCAUUAAUUCAUAUAUUCACCAAGUCCUUCGACUCCAUUGAUACAAUUCAAACUCAAGGCAUCAUAAGGUAUCGACUUGAAUUCCAUUGUAAUUUCGAAAGGGUUUAAAGAUUCAGUUUCCAUGAUUAAGCUUAGCUGGUGGUGUGCUUCUUGUUCAUUCCAUUUCGAUCUUCUUUUAACAUAUGAGCUAAUCAUUCAGUUUCCAUGAUUAAGCUUAGUAGUAUUUAGUGAUGAAUUUAGGAACCCAUAGCUCAACCCAUGAUUUGGGCUUGGAAAAUCUGUCAAACCAGGAACUUUUGUUUAGUUCGGGCUUAAUUAGGCUUAUCGGUCUAUCUGGCUUAUUCGCACAGCUCGUUAAAGUAGCAGGGAAGCAAACUAUGAGGAUGAAUGUCAUAAUAAUGAUGACAAGCAUUUAGGCAAGGAAACUCCAUCUGCAUUAGGUAGAAAUGAGGCUGAAUCUGAAGACUGUUUCACAAGAUUUAUCAGCUGACAACUCUUGGGAUGUCAAGGAAGAAAAUGGUGAGAACCAUGUGGGAUCAAUGGAUCAUGAUGUUCUUGCAGUAUCUAUGGUGAAGCUCCAUUCUGCUCAGGAAGCAAUUGAGAGAGAAGUGCAGAAAUUAAAGGAUGUUGGGAAAGAGGAUCCCUUGUUCUUGGAUGACUCAAUUCAGCCAUCAGAACCAAGUAAUCUAGAGGGUUGUGAAGCAAGGUUGUUUGAAGAGUUCCAAUCUGGUGAGACUUCCAACACCUUCGAAACCCAAACGAUCUUGAAGCAAAAUCUGGUUCAGGGAGACUUGAAAACAGAGGUAGAGGAAAUCUUGAAGCAAAGAAUCGAAGUAGAGGUACAAUAUAUAGCGAUAUCAGAAGCAAUCCAACAGUUAAAGGCAGGGUACAUAGAUCAGAUUGAACUUAUGGUCCAACAAAAGAAGCUAGCAUUAGAACACAUGGAGGUGAUGAAGAAGCUUGAAUCUGCAGAAAGCAAAGCUAGAGAGUUGAAGAGAGAAGCUGAGAAGUUGAAGGUGACAUGUGAAGAGAUUUUGGAGAGGGAAGAAGUAUUGAAAGAACAAAAUAGGGUAUGUAUAUUAACAUCUUGUUUUACAAUCCAGUUAAUACUGUUUGUUUUAGUUGUGUAUCUGUGUCUCCUGCACUUUUCCUCCAUACACAGGAAUCUUGUACCUUUGCCCACUUAGUUAAAUGACAUUUGCAGCAUU